AUGAAUAUGUUUGAUGAACUUGAUUCAUCCCUUGAAUCUGAAUGUUUAACUACUAAGGAUGAUCUGGCACUAAAGAAAAAGUCACAGGAAACUGGACCACAUCUAGAUGGAAGAUGUAUAUAUCUUGUUGGAAUGAUGGGCUCUGGGAAAACAACAAUUGGCCAAAUUUUAUCUCAGUUACUGCAUGGUUAUUCUUUCUUUGACAGUGACAAAUUAGUAGAGGAGGCUGCUGGUGGGGCUACAGUUGCUGACAUAUUCAAGCUGCAUGGUGAGAGCUUCUUCCGAGAAAUGGAGACUGAGGUGUUGAGGAAGCUGUCACGAACGUAUCGACUUGUUAUAUCGACGGGUGGUGGAGCUGUUGUUGAGCCUAUCAACUGGAAAUACAUGCACAAGGGUAUUAUUGUUUUUAUAGACGUACCGUUGGAAGUAUUGGCACGAAGAAUAACUAGUGUAGGAACUACAUCUCGUCCACUUCUGCAUCAUGGAUCUAGUGAUUCUUAUGUAAAGACUUUAAGGCAACUAUCUAUGCUAUGGAAGGAAAGGAGUGAAGCCUACAACAAUGCUCAUGUGAGAGUUUCCUUGGAAAAUAUGGCAGCCAAGUUGGGACAGGAAGAUGCAUGUCAUAUUACUCCAACUCAAAUUGCUAUAGAGGCACUCGUGCAAUGCAAGAGCUAUUUGAAGAAAGAGUGCAACAUUAAUGUUCAUCUACUUUGAUUGUUUAAUAACCCACACCGGAAAUAUGAGAUGUUCCUCUUUGUUUUGUGGCUAGAUGUGAUAUGGAGAUUUAAUUCUAGAGUUACUUAAUAUAUCAAACUCCUUUUUAGUGUGUGAGGUAGAAGAUUAUUGUAUGUUGACAAGUUAAGUGAUCUAAACAUGCAAAAACGGUUAACAUAUUUAUUUAAGCAAAUAGAAACUUUAAGGACUUAUUAA